GCGCGGGGGAGGCACGCGGCAGUGUGCUCGGAGCCCCCGGGAGCGCGGCAUGGGUGGCGCGCUGCUGCUGGCGCUGCUGGCGGCGGCGCGGGCCGGCGAGCCCAACGCGACCGACGCGCUCAGCCCCUCGCCCUCCGGCGCCGAGCCCGAGGAGAAGCCCGCGCCGCUCUUCCCCACCGACCUGUUCACGGAGGAGCAGCGGCGGUCGGGCGCGGUGCUGCUUCACGUGCUCGGCAUGGGCUACAUGUUCGUCGCACUCGCGAUCGUCUGCGACGAGUUCUUCGUGCCGUCGCUGGACGUGAUCAUCGAGCGGCUGGCGAUCCGCGACGACGUGGCCGGCGCUACCUUCAUGGCGGCGGGGGGCUCCGCGCCCGAGCUCUUCACCUCGGUCAUCGGGGUGUUCGUGUCGUUCGACGACGUGGGCAUAGGGACGAUCGUGGGUUCCGCCGUGUUCAACAUAUUGUUCGUGAUCGGUGCGUGCGCGCUGUUCUCCCGUACCACUCUGUCGCUGACGUGGUGGCCGCUGUUCCGUGACUGUACCUUUUACUCCAUCAGCCUCCUAGUGCUGAUAUACUGUUUCCGCGACAGCGAGAUCUACUGGCAGGAGGCGCUGGUGCUGUUCUCGCUGUACGGCGCGUACGUGAUGUUCAUGAGGUGGAACCAGCCAGUGGAGCGGGCGCUCAAGAAGCUCAUCUACAAGAAUAAGGUGACGCGCGUCCGAAGUACAGAUCAGCUGAUGCCGACGCACCAGACGGCAGCACAGAGUUUGCACGGCAACGCGACGACAUCGAGUGAGACCUCAGUGGGCACGAAUACGGCAACGGCCACCGCCGCGCCCACAGCCGGCCCCAGCAAGGCUCCACCGCCAGCUGCCAAGUUCCGCCACGGUCUGCUGCAGCUCAUGAUACAUACCAUCGAUCCGAUGCACGACGGUGAGUUAGGCAAAGUGGAUGAGAAGGCAACGCAGCUACACGCGAUAGCCUCCCUCAAAGUGCUGCUCGAGGCUACGCGGCCGACGGCGGGCGGCGCGGGCGCCACCGCCGCGAGGCAUUCGGCGGUCGCUGCGCAGGCGAAAGAGACACCGCUCGAUCUCCCCAAUGGGGGGCUCGCGGACGUUCAAUUAGAUGCUAUAGAAGAGAUAGGGGACUUGGAGGAGGACACGACCCCGCUGGACAUGUCGUGGCCUACCGGGUUCCGUAAGCGACUGACGUACUUGUUAGUUGCACCCAUUGUCUUCCCUCUAUGGAUCACCCUCCCGGACACGCGGACUCCGAGAGGGAAAAACCUAUUCCCUAUAACAUUUAUAGGGUCAAUAGUUUGGAUAGCGUUUUUCUCGUACCUAAUGGUAUGGUGGGCGAACGUUGCCGGCGCGACCGCGAAAAUACCCCCCGAGGUGAUGGGGCUGACGCUGCUCGCGGCAGGCACCUCGGUUCCGGACCUUAUCACGUCCGUCAUCGUGGCCAGGAAGGGCUUUGGGGACAUGGCCGUCUCCAGCUCGGUGGGCAGCAAUAUUUUCGAUGUCACUGUUGGGUUACCUCUGCCCUGGCUGUUAUAUGGGUUAAUCAACGGAGAACCAGUCCAAGUCAACUCAAAAGGAAUGGUCUGCAGCAUUGUCCUACUCUUUGCUAUGCUGCUCUUCGUCAUCCUCAGCAUUGCCUGCUUCAGGUGGAAAAUGAACAGAGGAUUGGGCUUCACCAUGUUCCUUCUUUAUUUCGUCUUCGUUGCAGUUAGUUUAGGUCUUGAAUAUGGAUACUUACAUUGUCCCACCGAGUAAACUAGCAAAUUCACAAUUACAUGGAAUUGAAGGCAAUAUAACUUUAUGGUUUUAGGUUUCUGCCUUUACAACAUUACUGGGAACAAAACGAUUAACGUAAUUGGGAAAGAUCUUUGCUACAAUCCAGUUUCUAAUGUAGACAAUAGGUACGUUAACAAUUGUAGUGUCAUUAAAAACGACAUAGCAUAGAAAGCAAAUUUUGUACAAGUAGCAAAAGUGCUAUAUAAUGUAAGAGCCGAUUUAAAUGCUAGACUAAACAUCUAACAAUUUCCAUAUAGUGGAAAUACUACAUUUAAUAAAUAAUAAAGGAAAAUGGAAAGAUUCUUAUCAACUGGAAUUGGAUUGAAAUUUUGAAGAAAUCAAAUAGGAUUUAUCUAUUGAAGAUCUAAAAAAUCUGGAUUUAACUAUAUAAGACCUGAAUGAUGAUGUACUUAGUACCGUAAAUAAAGAUAACAGCGCUAGCGUUAUCUUGGAAAUUUUCUUUGUUCUUUUCAUUAGAGGUCGUUAUAGCACAAAUUGUAAAAAAAAUUGCUCAAAUAACUUUCUUACGUUGUGUUGUGAUUGCUUUGCUAAAUAGAUUUAUUUUAGAAUUUUCUAAUAAUUGUACUGCUUGUGAUAAAGUUCAAGAGAGAAAUGAGCACCAAAGAUAAUUUUUAAGAAGUUGCAAUUUGAAGAUAUUUCCUAAAUAUGGAAAUUAAAAAGUUAAUACUCUGAAUAUUCCUAAAUGCAAUAAAUUAUAAAUGAAGAUUCAAUGAAUAUGAAGGUGUAGGUCUAUACAAAACAUUGAAGGAUAUGAAAAAUGUGUUAAAGUAUUUCAUUUUUUAUAUGAAAGGAACUAAAGUAAUUACAAAUAUAUAGCCAUCAAUAGAGACUGUAGUUUAUUAUAUAAAUGUUAGUUGUUCGUUAAAUGGCGCUUAAAGCAACGUUUCAACGUUGGUGGUAUAAAGAUAAUUUUUCUAAUUGUUAUUAAGGACUAAUUUGAAAAUACAUUCGUUAUUAGAUAAAAAAAAAAAACAUGUACAACACAACUAUUGCAAUAUAUGUGAUAUGGUAACAAACUUGAAAUAGCUAAAGUCGAUUAUGUUUUAGAGUAUGUACGGAAAAAUUAGGCUGUUCGUGUACAUGUCAGUUGAGUUAUUUUUGUAAAUAAGUAUUUUGUUUUGUAUACAAAUGAUAAUAGAUUAUGGAUAGCAAAAGGUCGGUGUGACCUAACAGUUCAGUCCACGAUUCGAUAAUUGAAAUUUUAUCGUGAUGUGAAAUAAAUUCUCGCGGAUAGAUGUCGGUAAUGUUGUCUUAGCACAAAUUGCUAGAAAUGAAAGUGUUGUAAAUACACAAGUAGAUGAAGAUAAGGUGGUGAUGGAGCGGGGCAAAUGUGACAGAAUUUUUAAUAAAGUUCUCAUUCCAUAAAAUGUGCCUAAGAGUUCCUACGAGCUCAGUAACAUUGUUAGCUUCGAUUUAAAUAUUGUAAUGAGCCGAUACGAAAUGUACUUACUCACUUUCAUAUAGGUACUAUCAAUAUGGCUGUCAUUAUAAUAAUGAACCUAAAGUUUUCAGGACGCAUGUGUCCCGCUCUCAAAUAUUAUACGGUAGUUAUAUUUUACCCUAUUUACUAUAACUCGUCUAUACUUUAAUUUCUUGUAUUUCUCGAACGUUUAAUCUUUAACUUCAAUGAAAAUAUAUUCUAUUAUAAAAAUAUUAACAUCAGACAAGAUAGUCAAUUCUUAAAAAUACGUCUUAGCUAUAAGAAAAAUAUUUUUCUUCGUGCGUUCAACAAGACAUGGUUUGAAAAGUUAAAUGUUAUGACUAAAUGUUUCAUUAAAAUUGGUUCAUCAAUAAAACCGUCCAUAUUUUUUCUUUCCGAUCUUUCUGUUGUCUGUGCUUUCGCUUUCUCAAAUUAUUUUCUUAUUUCAUUAUAACUAGCUGAUCAGUGAGUGAAUAAUAGAGAUUUUUUAAUCAAACAUUUUUGUAUGUUCAAUUGUUAACAUCCCACAAAGUUUUAUAUUGAUAACCCGCCUAUUUGACAUAGCAAUAAAUAGACUAGAAUAGAUAGUUAAAUAUUUGUAUUUUAAGCUUUAACAAUCAGACCAUUGUGUAACGCUCAAAUGGUUAAAAUUCAUUAUGAAAUUUCUUUAAUUCAUACAAUUUCCUUUGAUAUGUAUGUGAAUGCGCACAAGUGUACCAGGAAAUACUUAUAAACGCUUCUAGACGAAACAUUUUAUUUCAUUUUAGUUAAACUUGUAUUAGAAGUUAUUAAAACAAAUAGAGGGGCAUUUGAAUUCGAAUAGAACGAACACAAUUGCACUUAAUACAUAAAUAUAUAAACAAAUUAGCAACGGUUUUGAAAUUUUUAAUAAUGACAUAUCGAUAGGUACCGGACAAUCGAGUAGGUCAUAAUCUGUGAUAAGGGCAUGCUUAUGACGUAUUUAUAAAGUGUUUAUAGAAAUUCAUCUCUUUGCAGUCACAUAUUCUCUGUAUAUAACGUUAGGCUUGGAUUUGAUAGACUUCUGUAGUUCGCUUAGCGGCCACUGUCGGUCGAACGGUUUCAAUUUCUAAUACGAAUCCUUAUUCAACAUCUAUAAUUGCAAAUUAUUCUCUGAUUGCGAUAUUUAUAUCUAAAUCUUCCAAUGGAACUGUGAGACCGUUGAGUGGCCGGUCUAUACAGAUAUUAAGGAACGAAUCAUCUUUGCUCUGACGCAAAUAUUUAUUUAAGGUUUGGUGAUAUAUUACUCAUUAAACUUAAUAAUUCAAUUUAGUACGAUGUAGAUGCUGUAAAUCGUAAUAUAUCCUUUUACAUACUUGUAACUGUAAUACUGUGGGAAGCACCAAGUACCAAGCGCGUACGAUUUGUAUGUAUCGCCUAUUAAGCUAUGCUAAUUAUAAUUAUUACUAUUACACUAGCGAUUUCUAUCUAUCUCUUGUAUAAUGUAAGUAGUCUUUGUAAAUUUACCAUCCUUCCAUUGUUUAAUGUGGUGCGAUGCCAUUAGGUCUCUCGGACUGAGUCUCGAUUCAUGGAUUACAUCACAUGGGCGUUGUUCCCUCGUAUUGCAUGUCACACGUAGUUACAUUAACUUGCAUUUGUUCAAUACCAAAUAGCACACCGAGCUAGAUACCAUUACUCAGCAUUUGUUAUACCUAGUUACUAUAAGGGUUGACUCUAUUAACUAUUCGUACGGUACCCUCUCACUCAUUGGUACCGAUUAACUCGUAAACUUUAUAACUUCUUUCGUAGACUAAGAUAUCUAUAGACUAAAUGCUAUCAUUAAAAUUAAUAAAAUGUUUAUUAACAAAAAAUUAAAAUAUAAUAAUAUCCAGGUAGAAAUUGUUACUAGAGUGAUGGUUUUUAUAUAAAAUUAUAAAGUAAAAAUUAUUGCAGAUUAUAAAUAAUAUUAGCAUUACACUUUUUUUGACGCAGACGCGUGAAUACGAACACCAUAAAUGUAAUUUCGUAUAUUUAGUGGAAUAUGCUAUUAUCUCUUUAAAUUCAGCUUUAAAUUUAGUAUGGGUCAAGAAAAGUGGAGUGGACUUACAUAGUCAUCGAUUUCGUUCGUAGCUGAUUCAUCUCGAUUUCGGGAUAUUAUUGAAAGAGUAACUUUAAAAUAAACAGAACCGAAAAUGACAGUGUUAUAGCAAAAUAUUUAAAUUAUUCUACUGUAUCUUUAACAAACUCUGUAAAUUAUGGAAAACAUGCUGAUAAAUGAGAAAUAAUUGAAAUUCUAAAAGAAGCAACGUACAGAAAACUAUUUAAAAUUAAAAAGGAAACAUCUUUAUGACUGAAUCUAAUCCAUUCACAUGAACGAAAAUGUAAUAUUUUGAAAAAUAGACAAAUAUGUCGAAUGGAAUUAAAUAAUCAAAUACAAAUAUAGAUACUGAAUUAAACUGACACAAACCGACAAUAAAUUGCCACAUAAACAUAAAAUUUAAAAAUUUGACACAAACAUUGACAAUGACGAAAAUAACUUAACUCGAAGUCGAGAUGUCAGCGUAGAUUGUUAAUAGUGAUACUACAAAUUAAGUAAAAGUAAAAAAAAAUGUUAUUAAUUUUAAACAAAGUAGAUAAGUUUUAGGAAUUUUCAUCAUGUUGUAAUGAUAAAAAAAAAAUGGGAGGUAAAGCUCUUGCUGGCAUUAAUUUUGUAUCGGGUUAUUGUGAUUUUGGUGGUGUAUUAACAGUAUUAUAUGGAUUUUUAAUGGUUUCAGUGAGCUAGUUGAGUUUUUAGAAAUUGUAUGUGUAUAUAUAUAUAUAUAUAUAUAUAUAUAUAUAUAUAUAUAUAUACAUAUAUAUAUUAAAUUUUGCUGUAUAUUAUGUAAUAUUGUUGCUAUUGUCAAAGCUUUUAAUAUUGUUGAUGCAAAAAUAAAUCUUGGUAGGAUUGUGAUGCGGACAUGCGAAAUUAAUUUGAUUAUUGACAGAAACUAAAGAAUACGAAAGAUACUAUAUCUGAAUAUUAAUAUACAGUUAAAUAUAUAUGAUAUAUCUUACAUCAAUGUCGAUGAACAUUGAGUACUUUAUUUAAGAUCAUGAGUAUGCGACAUAUCUAAGCGUGAAUAGCUUAGCAAGAUUUAUUUUUGUAAUUGUUAAUAAUUAAACAUUGUGAUAGUUUCUGCAAUUGUUUAAUACAUUCAAAUGUUUAUAGAUGAUACAUUGGUUUAUAAUUAAAGUUUUAAAAUUUUUAAUUUUACGUAUCAGAGGAGCAUCGGCGUACCCGCACGCAGUCAGACGGCGGUAUUAUGAAAAAUUACAAUAAAAAUAAUAAAAUAGU